GUCGUAGUACCGCGAUCUUUAGCCUACCGAAUGCCCGUUACCGCUGUUACCGCAUUUCCAUGACUCAAGUUAGAAUCUAGAUAACCGUCGACAUAUCAUAUUCGUGGCAUAAUGAUUGAGCCGUCUAAGCGGCUACGGCGAGCAGUCCAGAGCAACGAUGCUUCUCUCGUCCGUCGCAUCGUGAAAUCUCACCCGGGCUUGAUCCAUAAUCCCGAUUUCUCCGCUACCGGUCUUUCCAACUCAAGCCUCCAUCUCGCUGCCAGUCUAGGUCAUCUCCAGGUCUGCAAGACUUUAGUUAGUCUUGGCCACGAACUUCCGACGCCCGCCCUCAAUGACAAUCAUAAGACAGCCCUGAUGUUAGCCGCAGCCGCCGGUCAUACAGAAGUCGUUCUGUUCCUCGCCGAGAACGAUCCCACCUCCAUUCUUCGCCCCGAUUCCCGACGUAGAGAUGCCAUCAUGGAGGCUAGCAUGGGAGGUCACGAUACUGUCUUGCAGAUUCUUCUCACCUAUGCCCCGGGAGGUGCUCAGAAUGCCGUCCAGAAUUCUGACGUUGACGGGAACACCGCUCUACACUUUGCCAGCAGCAAUGGAAACCUACUUGUUCUCCGAACUUUGCUCGCAGCCGGAGCCGACCCGAGAAGGGAAAAUGUUUGGAGCUGGACCGCCAUGGCUUAUAGCGCGACCGUGCAAGCAGAGGUUUACCUUAAAGGUUUAGUCUCCGAGGUUGAGAAGCGAAGGCGGAUCAAGAGCGAUACGAUUGAAGGGAAGAAGGGCGGUACAGUCCGGUUAGUCGAAGAUGAAGUUGGCUUAGCUGGAUGAGGCCGAUGACGGGUGCAAGCAUCUAGAUUCUAGAUUCUAACAUUUAGAUUCUAAGAUUCUUAUAUGCACACCCUAGGUACCUACCUUCUAGCUACAUCUCACGAUACCUACCGACA